UGCUCUGAUACAUUUUUCUUGUAUCAAAUCACACCAACAACAAUAAUCCCACAUAAUAUUAAUAUUAAAUCUAACCUAACAUUACUUACACACACAUAUAGUCAUAUAGAUAAAUUAGUCUAUAUCUUUUUAUCAAUUAAAAUAACAUGAAGUCAUCACUUGGGAAACUUGGAAGAAAAUUAAGCAUGAACAGCAGAAUUGAUGGGAAAGAUAAAAAAGAUCAUCAACAUCUUUCCACUGCCCACUUUGAAGAACUUGCUCAAGCUUCCAAGGAUGUGGAAGAUUUGAGAAACUGCUAUGAUUCCUUAUUAUCUGCAGCUGCUGCUACAGCAAAUAGUAUAUUUGAAUUUUCGGAGUCACUGAGUGAAAUGGGGACAUGUCUGCUGUAUAAAACUACGGCGGACACUGAUGAUGAAAGUGGUAUAGUUUUAUCAGCUCUGGGAAAUAUGCAAGCAGAUCUUCAUAAAAUUGCUGAUACAUAUCGUUCUUAUAUAAUUCUCACGGUUACAAACCCAACAGAAUCUCUUCUAGCUGAGCUGCGAAAAGUGGAGGAGAUGAAACUUCAGUGUGAUGAGAAAAGAGAGGUUUAUGAAUACAUGAUGGCACAACACAGGGAGAAGGGAAAUUUGAGAAGUGGAAAAGUUGAAAGUUCUGUUUCACAGAAGCCACAAGAAGCUCAAGAUGAAUAUGAUGAAGCGGCAAGACUAUAUGUAUUUCGUGUAAAAUCACUUAAGGAGGGACAAGGCCGUAGUCUUUUGGCACAGGCUGCUCGCCAUCAUGCUGCACAGUUAAAUUUCUUUCGGAAGGGACUUAAAGCUGUUGAAGCAAUUGAUGCUCAAAUAAGAAUUGCUGCAGAGAAGCAUCAUAUCGAUUACCAACUGAGUGGACUUAAUGAUGACGCAGCUGGGAAGGUUGAAGCCGUAAGUAGUUACGAGAGCAUAGAUAAUGGUGAACUGAGUUUUGACCAAAGAGAAAAUAUACAUGGGUUGGAUAAAGUCGCCACCUCAUCAAAUCUAACAGAGAUAGAUGUGAGCAAGUAUCAAGGGGAACAACAUUUUGGUAGGCAAGCUUGGGUAAGCAGCUAUUCUGCCCCUUUAUACCCAGAGAAAACCGACCCAUCUAGAAAGCCUAAAGUAGUGCAACCUCCUGGAAAAAUUUUCUCUUAUGUGCUGCCUCCUCCAGUUGUUGAUACCAAACCCCCAGUUUCAAGAACACCUACAUCUGCUUCUCUCAUUAAUCCAUCUCAAAAGCCAUUACCAGAUGAGAAACAUGAUAGAAACAUUAAUGACACUAGCACAUCAACAUCUGCCGCAAAACCCCCAUUAGUUGAGAAAGACGUUAAUGUUCAUAGAUUGUCAUUCCCACGACAGGAUUCUCAUGGUGCAUUUGACGGUAAAUCAGUGAAAAGGCAAGCUUACUCUGGUCCAUUACCACCAAGUAAGUCAUUUUCAGGUAAAAUGUCCAUGGCAUCUACUAGCGGCAGGAGUGAUCAUCAACAGAUGAUUUCACGGGUUCCAGUUUCUCACAGUGUUUCACCUCCUUCUCUUACUUCACCUAAGAUAAAUGAGCUUCAUGAGCUUCCUAGGCCUCCUAUUCGUGGUUUAGGCUUCUCCAGAUCGGUUACAUCUUCUAGUGGUUUGAUUGGACCUUCUGCACCAUUGUUUUUCAAGAAUCAAGAAACGUCUAUUCCAAAUAAAGUACCUAUUUUGACAUCGACUUCUGCCUCUCCUCUUCCACCUCCUCCAUUGGUUGUUCCUAGAAGUUUCUCUACCCCAUCCCGCAAUCAGAGAGCCAUUUCUUUAGAUGUCGCCAAACUUAUGGAGUCUCCUCAGCCUGGACCAGCAGCCUCACCUCCACUCGCCCCUAUUUCACUAGCAAACUUUAAGUUGCUGUCAACUGCUUCAGAAGUAGCCUCUGAUAUGACUCACAUCUAAGACUUGUGUAGCUGGAUGCAGGUGGAAGAUGAUAUUUGCAGUCUUGUUACGCAUAGUGUUUUUGGCCAAAUGAUCAUUCAUCAUCUUGUUUUUGCAGAAGUAUGUUCUUAUGGUGACGCCAAUCUGUGUUGUAGCUAUCGAUUGGGAGCAGCAGCUACUCGCUUUUAUGCUAGCCAUCGCCACGCCCUUUGAUAAGGCAUGCUCCCGCAAGGAUUAGUUAGUACUUAGUAGCAACCCUACUCGAGGAGCUUGAACUGCAAUGCAAUGUGGUGCAAUGGUAAAUGAAGUAAAUUUAGGAUAGUUAACUUGAUUUUGAGAACAAUUAAAUAUGGAAGUUAUGUUCGUUGUUUAGUUGUACGUAUAGAAAUAUAUGGGUAUUUCAAAAGUUGAUAUUGAUGUAAACCUGAAAAAAAAAAGUGUUGCACCUGAUUUUUUCCAUUCAAACAUGGAAGAUACACUUAGGGGUGUUUAGAAUUGAGUUUUGAAUUUUGAUUAAUGUGUGUGUAAACAAUACAACUUUUAUAGAGAAAUUGUAAACGGAUAGACAUUUUUUUUU